GGGCUGUCUGAUCUAGAGAUCAGAAAGUCACCUAACACCCAUAGAUACUAUAAUAGCAUAGAUAAUAGUAUCUAUGAACCAGUUACAAGUCAAAUGGCUAGCUCUAUAAGUUCUAUACAGUACCCUGAUAUCAAGGAAAAGAGGUAUUACAAGAAACUUAUCACUGAUCUAGCAAGAGAACUAACUGAAACAGAGAUCAAAGAAGUAGCCUACCACUACAGUAUAAAAACUAACGAGUAUAAAGAUGCCUUAGACUUAUUCACAUUGCUUGAGAAACGGGAAGUGAUUGGAAACUAUAAGAUAUCCGAGUUAGCUCAAAUUUUUGAGAAUGUUCAACGCAAGGAUCUGGUCACAAAGCUUUGGGAAACAGCUACCAAAAUGGAAGGAAGAGUGUCUCAGUCAUUGAAAUUGCCUCAACCAGAGAGAUUGGAUAUGGGGAUAGAAAAAAGGUCGCACACUGUGUCGGGGAUACCUAUAAGUAACAUACAAGUCCCACAUCAAGAAACACAAGACUUUAGAAGUCCUACUUUCACAGUGGGGGACACCCAAAAAGAAUUAGGAGAACUUGAAAAAGAGUCAUCACAACUAUCAAUAGCUAAUAGCCAAGAAUUGCCUAGUAACGAAACUCGUGAUCAAUCACAGUAUUGUGAUGACAGAUUUGAAGCAUCAUUUCCUAGAAGUGGGAACCGCUCCCGGCAUAUUUCUGAGCAUAUCGAUCCUGGUACUGCAUGUAACUAUCAGGGCAGUCAAUCUGGAACCCGUAGCCCUAGUCUGCACAAUACAACAGGUGCCAGUGGUUAUCACUCAAUCUCUGACUUGAGUACAGCUAGCACACACAACAACAUUCCUCCAACAGAAGGUGAAAGGCAGUUUGUUUUGCUCCACAAAGUCCUUGAAUUACUUGAGAAAAAAUCACCAACCUCACCCAAGGAUGUCGUUAAUGAUGGGGACCCAAAUCCAGAGCAUGAUGAAUCAGAAACAGAGGACAGACUGUCUCAGCCGACAGAGGUAGCCCCAAACCUUAAACUCAAAAUGGCGAUUAAAAAAAAAUCUGAUUCUGACGGAACAUUGGAAUCAAGCCACGAGUCGUGUCGAGAAACACCGCGGAGUAAGACUAUCCAGAGAGCAACAGCAGUAUCACCUACCUCACCCAAACUCGAAAGAAGGACAUCUCUGAAAGUCUCCAAUCUGCUUCGAAAGUCGUGGAAACGAAUAGGACGAGCAAGGGAGGGAUAUGAUAGUGUACAAUGGACAGUGAAGCGUGACCAACUCAACAAAAUGAUUUGCCGUCACCAAGAAGACCACACAAUCAGUUGCAAGAAAAAAAUCGAAGUAGACGUCGGCAAUGGAAGUACUUUCAACCCCAAACUAACUCUCAUGUUACGCCCGUAUGGUUUGGAAGAGGAUACUCAGAGGUAUGCUACGUUGGAGAUUCAUAUUGAUGUCCCAAAGAAAGCUCCAAAAUUGAGAGAAUUAACGAGCGUGAAGCUUGUACUAACUAUUUCAAAGAUACAAAGUGAGGAUAAGACUAUCACAAUGACAGAAAACUUGGCUCUGAGAGUAUUCUACAGAAAGAAGUUUCUUUCUCACCGAGUACUGAGAGAGUCGAAAAGCGAUGUUGUCGAGAUCACAGCCCAGGCAGAGUGUGUCACACCUAGUGACUGAUAACAAUGUAGUAUAAUUAUCCGUUCAAAUAUAACGUAGUAAGUCUGCAAUACAUUUGUACUAAAACUUGCACUUCCAAUAAACACGUUUGCUUCAUCACCAUG